AUGGUAGAUGCUGCACAGCUAAAGAAAACCACAGCCACUGUUUUGGGCUACGUGGAGAAGGUGUCCUCCUUCGCCUCCUCCAUCGACCCCAUCUUUGGCAUCGUCUCCUCGCUGGUGGGUGUGGCUCGCAAGGGCCUCAUGGACGAGGAGGGCCACACGUUGGACAAGGACUUCCAAGCCAUCCACACCAAAUUGGAGAGCAUCUCAGAGAAGAACCUACAGUGCCUGAGGCAGAUCCGAAUUGACGAGGUGAACGAGACCUACGGCAAGUACGAGGAGUACAUCAAGCACCAGUAUGUGGCCUUCAACAACAUGGUGUCCCAGAUGAAGAAAGACCCCGGGAACACUCGGAACUACAUGGAAAACUUUGAGAAGAUCUACGAGCGAGACAAGUUGGACACUGGCCUCGAUGUGUACUAUCGUGGCGUGAUGGGCACCAACACGCUGUUCGGAAGACCCCUGCUCAAGGUCUACCUGGACAACUGCAACAGCGACCUGGAGAUCAUGGAGCACCGCUGCUCGCACAUUGCUCACCUCUUCCACAUGGGUCUCAUCGCCUUAAUGGCCUACACGGCAGUCACUGAGGACGACGAGCAGGAGGUGCGGGAGAAAUGGGCCACCAGGGUGCACGACAUCCAGGAGAAGAUGCAGGAGGUGCUCAGUCAGUGCAAGGCCCAAAAUCCAGAUCCAGAUCCUGCUGUUGAACAUGUCCCAGAAGACCAACCACAGAAGACCAAGCAUAGGCCUGUGGACCAGUAG